AUUUUUAUUUCAUUUUCGUUAUUAAGAUGGUUCAUAAAUGUUACAUUUUUAUAAAAGCACCACAGCAGCUCUUCAAUAAUAUCUAAAGGAAAUUAACUGGUUUAUGCUGGCACUGUAUGUAGCAACACAAAAUAAUCAAAUCAAUUUUGAAUUACAUUUUCAUAUCUCUGACUAAUUUGUAUAAUCAGAAACAAAUAGUGGCCAGAGGUCAUAGGAAGCUUCUUUCCCCACUGUCCACCCACUCACGGGCCUUAGAGACAGGAGCUGCCCUCCAGAAUGUUCCCUCUUUCCACGGGACACUGUUUCUCCCUGCAGAGUGCAACCGAAUUCAUGCAAAGCAGCAAAUCAGCUGAUAUCCACUUGUGACUCUUCUUUUCCUGCUGGCCCUCCAACCCAUUUCCCACCCCAAGACCCAUUAGUCAGUUUAAAUCCACAUUGUUAAGUUCCAGGAAAGAAAAAAAAAAGUUUCUCUUUUUUUCCAUUCUUGAUCAUCAUUGUUCGGGAGCUUGCAUGGGUCUCCUUUACAAAUACAAACAGGUUUGUUGAGGGGGCAGCAGAGAUUCUUGGAAUGUUGCGAAGACAAACUGGAGUUGUGUAACUAUCACACAGCCAACGUAGUGGGGGGAGUGGUGCAAGGCACGAGCUAUAAGUGUGGCCAAACAGGACGGUUCAACAUUAGACAAGCACCUGCAGCUGAGUGAGAUCUAUUGGGAUUGCUUAGUGAACAUCUGCAUUUAUUUCUACUACAACAUACAUGCAAAAUGGAAUCAAGAACUGCUCUGAUCUUCACUUUUACCUUGUGCACGACUCUUCUUGAAGGCUGGGGGUUGCCUCUAGUGCCCCAGACUGACCUGAGUGACCCGUCUGCAACCCACAGGGUCAGGAGCAAACGCUGCUCCUGCAACAACCAGCUGGAUUCAGAAUGCCAUUAUUUCUGCCAUCUGGACAUCAUCUGGGUGAACACGCCAAGUAAGACCACAGUGUAUGGACUGGGCAGUCCGUUGGCUCGCCGGCGCAGGUCUACGGGCCGCUGCUUAUGUGCUAGUCCUGCAGAUCAAACAUGCAAUGCAUUCUGUCACUACAGCUCUGAAAAUCCUGCCAUCAUGCUGAUUCACCCAUCUGAACCUGUGACUGGAAGACAGGAGCAAGCCAAAUCAGAACUGAUUGUCCUAGACAACUCUGAAAAUGCCAGUCCAGGAGUUCUGGUUGUAGGGAAGCCUUCCUCCCUUGGGGCUCGAUCAGACAUCAUAACCUUCCUCAAGAACCUGGUUAGGGCUAGAGCCAGAGCCAUGGGAAAGGCAUCUAAAGCCAGUGAACCUGGCUACAGAUGAAGUCCUUACCCGGAAGAGAGGUGGGAGUAUGAGCACUUGAACAAAAAAUGACCCUUGUGAAACCAGGGGCAGCAGAACAUGCAUACGCUGUGAUCUGGAAGCAGCAUUCCUCAAGGACCGUCCUGUGGAAAUGGAGCCUUUGUCACACAUUUAAGACAGAAUAGGAGAGAUGAAGGCUUGUGAGAGCUUAAGGAGAUAUUUGUGAGUUGAAGGCAAGUCAGAUUUGUCCAAAGGGACACAGCAUAACAGAGGGUUAGGUGUUAGCGACAGUCCUGUAUGCAAACAGGACCUUAGUUAAGUGGCUAUAAGCUACAUAACAGUAUCAUAGCUAGUCAGAAAAGCACCAAGUUUGAAUGGUUAGAAAUGAAAGAGUGCUAAUGAAUGUUUGUUGGAUGGUAAGAAACUGCAGUAAUUCUAUUAUUUAUUGGCACCAUUGACGCUGUUUUAACAAAACAGAGAAAAAGCAAAAAUACAUUUCAAAAAUGACUAAUUAUGUUUUAGAAGAGACUACAAAUUACCCAUAUUUGCAUAGUUAAUUAAUUAUUUAAAACAUUAGUUCCAAAUUGAGAAUCAUGCCAGAAAGAUUGGCAUCUUUGACUGGAACAAUUGGAGCCACAAACUGCAACAAUCCGGAUUCAUUGUUACCCAGAUGCUUUCAAAUUUGACGUAACAAUAGGACGUUUCUGAAAAUAUAGCAUAAGGAUGACUACUAUGCCCUUCAUUUUCAUAUCAAUCCAGCUUUGCCUAGCAUUGUGUGUAAUCAUAAGUGAUGCAGACAGUUGUGUUGUUGCAAUCUGUUGUUAUGACCUUAUGACAGACAAUAGAUUUAAUCUUGCCAAAAAAAGCUGGAGUGCUUUCCAAUUUAUUAAAUAGCACAGGAACAUUUUAGAGCACUAACAGUGUAUCGCACACAAUAAGUAUGCACUUUAAAAUUAUUUUUGUAUAUGUAUGUAGAUAUAUAUAUAUACAUACAUACAUACACACAUAUAUAUUUUCUUGUGAUUAUUAUAUUUAAUCAUUAAUAAUUCUGUAGAGAAAGUAAUGUAAUGUAUCAGCAAUAUGAUUUUACAACAAAGUUUCAUAUAAUUUAAAAUGAAAUGUAUGUAUUCCAUAAAUGUUUUUGCAUACUCUGAACAUGUUUCUUGAUAUCUAUUGUUAUUAACAAUAAUCCCAAUAAAUUCACCUCAAAAUAA